AAAUUAAUCGAUCUGUUUCUAAGAGAGUAUUCAAAGCAGAGACACAAAACACUAGUGGUGUGAGACGGUGAAAUUGGAGAAUUUGAAGUACUGUAGCACCACCAACAUUUGAAUUCUUCAAUUGUGGCCCUAAUUCGCUGUACAGCGCGGGAUUUUUUUUAACGGAGCAGAGAAGCUGAAUACAUUCAUUCUUCAAUCUUCCACAAACACCAUCUUAUUGAUAGAGUCAAAAACAAAUACCAUUUUCUCAUUCUCUCACAUUUUCUUUCAUCCUUCCACUCAUGGAUAGAAUUCAUGUAACUGUUCGUGCAAGACCUCUCUCGCCGGAGGACGCAAAAACCAGCCUAUGGAGAAUCUCCGGCAACUCCAUUUUCAUUCCCAACCACUCCUCCAUCUUCGAAUUUGAUCAAGUAUUCGAUGAAAAUGGUAAAACAUCUCAAAUCUAUGAAACUCGUACCAAGGACAUAGUUGCUGCUGCAGUCAGUGGAUUCAAUGGUACUGUUUUCGCUUAUGGACAAACUAAUAGUGGGAAGACUCAUACCAUGCGUGGAUCUAAAGCCGAGCCUGGAGUCAUUCCUCGCGCUGUGCAGGAUUUAUUUGAAAUUCUUCAACAAGAUGUUGAUCGAGAAUUUCUUCUUAGAAUGUCAUACAUGGAGAUUUACAAUGAAGAGAUAAAUGAUUUAUUGGCUCCUGAACAUCGAAAACUGCAGAUUCAUGAAAAUAUAGAGCGGGGAAUAUAUGUUGCGGGCCUACGAGAAGAAAUUGUUACCUCUUCUGAGCAAGUUCUUAAUCUCAUGGAGUUUGGAGAAUCUCAUAGACAUAUCGGAGAGACAAAUAUGAACUUGUACAGUAGUAGAUCCCAUACUAUUUUUCGCAUGAUAAUUGAAAGCAGAGAUAGAAAUGAAGAUGAAAGCACUGGUAGCUCUUGUGAUGCUGUUCGUGUAUCAGUGUUGAAUUUAGUGGAUCUUGCUGGUUCAGAGCGUGCUGCAAAAACAGGAGCAGAAGGUGUACGUCUCAAAGAGGGAUCACACAUAAACAAAAGUUUAAUGACUUUGGGAACUGUGAUUAAAAAAUUGAGUGAAUGCGUUGAGAGUCAAGGGGGUCAUGUUCCAUAUCGAGAUAGCAAGCUUACAAGAAUUUUGCAACCUGCUUUAGGGGGAAAUGCUAACACAGCUAUAAUAUGUAAUAUCACUCUUGCUCAGAUACAUACAGAUGAAACUAAAAGCAGUCUACAAUUUGCAAGCCGAGCUUUGCGUGUUACAAAUUGUGCUCAAAUCAAUGAGAUUAUGACAGAUGCUGCUUUAUUAAAACGCCAAAAGAAGGAAAUUGAAGAGCUUCGUGCUAAAUUGACGGGUUUUCGUUCAGAGCAUUUGGAAGAGGAGAUUCUGAGCCUUCGAAAUACAUUGUUACAGUCUGAACUAGAAAGGGAACGCAUAGCUUUGGAAUUAGAAGAGAAAAAGAAAACACAAGGUGAAUGGGAAAAGAGACUGCAUGAUCAAGCCAAGAGAAUUGAAAACUUGAGCUCAAUGGUUUUGUUUUCAAAUAGGGAUGAGAGUGUCAAAUAUACUAAAAAGGAGAAGAGGCGGGGUACAUGGUGUCCUGGAAAUCUUUCACAGGUGCAUCUUAAAGAUGUGCAUUCUAGCAUCCACACCGAUGUUUCUACCUCAGAACCUAUUCAACCUAAGCUAGAAAUGGGACCACUUGUUCCUUUCAACGAACUCAUAGAUAAAGAUUUCAAUGUGGACGAUUCCUGUAAGAACGAAGAGGAUACUAAAGGUGAUGCAAAUAACGAUCACAAUCUACCAAACCCUCGUGCUUUAUUGCUUGUGACAAACAGGAAAAGAGAUUCAUCAUGGAAGAAAAGAUUAUCUAUGCAGGAAGACAACGAAUAUCUACAACAGCAAUCAGAAUAUGACAGUCUUAGAGAGUCAGAGGCUAUUCUUGUUAUCAAAAGACUUCAAGAGCAGAUUAACGUUUUGGAAAUGGAAAAGCUAUCAAGCCAACAGAACCUGGAUACUGUUUAUGAUUUAGCAACCGAGCAGAAUGUGAGUGCUAGGGAGAAAAUUGAAGAGCUCAAUAAUGAGCUUAUAAAAGCACAGGAGGCAGCUCAAGUGGCCAAUGAACAACUUAUUUCCAGUCAAACUGAUGAGAAUGUUGACUUUAUAGCUAGUGUUUCCAUGGGAAUCGAAGACGUAAUGUCCGAAGUACAAAACUCGAAAGAAGCUGUUCAAAGUGUUAUUUUGAUGAUUGAUGAUGCGACUAAAAGUUUCUCUACUCUCUGUCAUAUACUCCUUGGUUUCAAAACCUCAAUAUUUCAAGAUUCUGCGGGACAAAAAUUAAUCUUUAAUAAUUGUCAGAAGUUGAAUUCUUGCUUAACUCAAACAAUAUCCGAGCUUGAGAAUCAGAAGAUUCUUCUCGACAGCCAGUUAUCGAAUAUUCAAAAGCUUCUUGAGGAAUCAAAACUAGAUGCUCAGAGCUCCCAUAAUUCUUUGCUGGAACGGUUAGAACAACAAGAAUUGGAAAAUCAAGAGCUGAUUUCUUAUAUCCAAACUCUUGAAAAAGAGGUAGCAUGUUUAACAUCAUCUUCAGUGGCCAAGGAAAAGGAAACUCUAAGAAAAGAUCUUGAGAAGGCAAAAACCAGGAUGAAAGAAACUGAAUCUAAGCUUAAGAUCGCUAUGCAAGAGAAAACAAAACUUGAGGGCGAGAAAGCCUCUGCUGAACGGGAGAUCAAACGGUUGCAUGGUCAGAAUUCGCGUCUUGAACGCGAUAUCAGUAAACGUGAUUCACUUGCUGGAAAGAGUUCAAAGAUGUUUGAUACUCAAAGACCAAAGGAUCUUGCAGUUUCUCUGGAAGAGUACAAAAAGCUGGAAGUUUUUGCAUUUGAAUCGGAAACAAGAAUCGCUUCGUUGGAAGAAGAAAUAUCAGCCGCGCUGAAAGAGAGAGAAGAGGUGAUAUCUAUUAACGAAGCUUUGAAUUCAGAAUUGGAAGAUUUGACUGAAAAACUGAGGACAUCAACCUCUGAAAUAUAUGAUUUGAAGGAGGAGAUUUCAGCUGUUAAACAAAGAUCGGAAGAAUCUGACAUCAACCAAAAAAAAUUGGAAAGCUCGAUCAAAGAAUUGAUGGAAGAAAAGGAGGAGUUCUCAAUGCAACUUACAAAUGCCUUAUUGGAAAGAGAAGAGGAAAGGGCAAUUUGGUCAGCCAAGGAGAAAGCUGCACUUCUAGGCAUAGAAGAACAAGCACGGUCAAACAAUGAGAAGAUUACAUCAUUAUCUACAGAAUUAUCAGAGGUAAGAAUCACGGCUUUACUGAUUAGAGUUAGUUUGGAUAGAAUUUUCAGCAUACAUAGUAAAAGAAAAGUUGAAAUGAUUAUUAAUCUUCUAAAUAACAGCUUUUCAUAUAAGUUGCAAUUAACUUCUGUACAUCAACUUUUUCAGAAUCUCAAGAUCAAAAUUUCCACUGUUACUGAAGAAAGGGACAAAUUGAUGACCGAGAUGGAAGAUCAACAGAAACAUAUUAUGGAAGUGGAACUCCUGCUAAAACAUUGUCAAGAUGAGUUGUCAAGGGAAAAAGACCAUAUGAAGGAGCUCAGUGAUAAAAUUUCCAGCAUGGAAGUCAAAAUGCAUGCUGAUAAAGUUACAAACAUCAAUGAAACAGCUAAGCUUAGAAUGAUGCUCCGUGGAACACAAGCGAAGCUAGAUGCUUAUCGUUUGCGAUAUAAAGAAGCAAUUGAAGAAUCAGAUUCGUUAAAAUUAAAGUACAAAGAAGCUUCAGAGAAGCUGAAAGACAUGCUUCGCUCGCAGGGACUAGAGUUGAUGGACCUAAAGAAACAGCUAGCUGCUGUCAAAUGACAAUAGGAACUUUUUGUUUAUAUAACCUGACCUCUCAUGUAGUUAUAUAUGAAGCACUUCAACACAGACACAACAUACAAUUAGGAGUCAACAAGAUAACAAUCCGGCUUAAACCACAUUUGACUCAAACUGCAGUUGGUAUACAUAAAUUCAAUUCCGUCCAUUUUUCUCUUGUAGAUUGGGCAGGUUACUGAUCACACGGGACACGGGUUUGCAGAUGGGUUCAUGCUGUUUUUAUAGGAAUUCUUUUUUAGGUUCUUUGUAAAGAUGCCCGUGCUUAUUAGUGACCACAUAAAUUUGUGUGUGUGCGCGCGCGCAUACAUGGUAGUCAAAAAUUGCAUGUAACUCUUAAAAUCGUUUGAUUAUACGUGUGUAGGUGUGAAAUUUGUGUUGUACCGACUGUAAAAUCAAUAGAAUGAAAUUGGAAUUUAACACGA